GUUGAGGGCCAACAAAUAGGCUUCUUUGUGUGCUUUUCUUAUACACUUGGACUUUGAAAACAUCAAUCACCAUUCAAUAAAGUGCAUAAUUGACCCGACUUGGCCUCCAAUCCACGAGCCCUCGAGUUGUUGGGAUGAAACUGGAUUCUGAUGAAACUUCCGAGUUGUAUUUCUCAUGGACUUUUCUCUCUCUCUCUCUUCUCUCUUUGUCUGCAGCCCCAGCGAAAGGAGGGUGGCUCAUACGUGAUUGAGGAAAAUGAGUCUCGCGAGGCCAAGAACACCUGCCUCAUCUUCUCGCCCAGCAUCGACGGAGCGGGUAUUCUGGCCAAGACACUCAAGAUCUUCAAUGACAAUGAUGUGAAUCUUGUGCACAUCGAGUCUCGCUCAUCAACGCGUGGCCCAGGAUAUGAGUUCUUUGUGGAGUGCGACAGCCGAUCGGGAUCCCUCGGCACUGCUAUUGAGCAGUUGCGUGGACAGUGCUCGUAUCUCAGCAUCAUUUCACGUGACUACAAGGAUAACACGGCCGCUGUGCCGUGGUUCCCGCGGCGCAUCAGAGAUCUCGAUCGAUUUGCCAACCAGAUUCUCUCCUACGGGUCCGAACUUGAUUCUGAUCAUCCCGGAUUCACUGAUCCCGUCUAUCGCGAUCGGCGCAAGUAUUUCGCCGACCUGGCGUACAAUUAUCGACAUGGACAACCUUUGCCAAGGGUUGAUUACACUAAGGAAGAGACCGAGACGUGGCGAGUUAUCUUCAACAAUCUCACGACACUCUAUCCAACGCACGCUUGCAAGCAAUUCAAUCACAUCUUCCCACUCUUGAUCGACAAUUGUGGUUAUCGCGAAGAUAAUAUCCCUCAGCUUGAGGAUGUGUCCAAUUUCCUGAAGGAUUGCACCGGAUUCACACUCCGUCCUGUCGCUGGACUACUCUCUUCGCGAGACUUCUUGGCCGGAUUGGCUUUCCGUGUUUUCCAUUCGACACAGUACAUCAGACAUCCCAGCAAGCCUCUGUACACCCCUGAGCCUGAUGUCUGCCACGAGCUUCUCGGCCACGCGCCGCUCUUCUCCGACCCGGAGUUUGCUCAGUUCUCCCAAGAGAUCGGGCUCGCAUCUCUUGGAGCUCCUGAUGACUACAUUGAGAAACUCGCCACGUGCUUCUGGUUCACCGUUGAGUUUGGCUUGUGUCGACAAGGUGGCGAACUUAAGGCCUUUGGGGCUGGAUUGCUCUCGUCCUUCGGUGAACUUCAGUACUGUCUCAGUGACAAGCCUGAGGUGCGUGAAUUUGAUCCAGAGAAGACUGGCCUGCAGAAGUACCCAAUCACAGAAUAUCAGCCUGUGUACUACGUCGCCGACAGCUUCGAGGAUGCCAAAGAGAAAAUGAUUAAGUACGCUAACACCAUUCCCAGGCCCUUCGGCGUGCGCUACAACGCAUAUACUCAGAGUGUGGAUAUUCUGGACUCUAAGCCUCAGAUCACCAACCUGAUGAACAAUAUCAACCUGGAGUUUAGCGUCUUGCAGAAUGCUUUUAGGAAGUUACAGGCAUAAGUCUGGGAUGUGAACAUUAUUUCAUAUGCGUUUUAUAGCUGUCUUAUGUGUUGCUAGAGUCCAAAACUCACUGCUUUUGUGUGCUCCAGAAAUGGUGCGUAUUUUUUUAAAAUAUCAAAUGAUGCGCAAUAUCGCGGUUUAAAGUCUCAUGUGACCUUUUAAUUGAUUUGUCCCCAACCCCAAUGAGAUUUCGCGGGAAAUAAAAGACAUAUUGUCACACUUAAAA